AUGGCCUCACGGGUACUGUAUUUUUCUGUUUUAGAUCCAUAUGCACAUGUCUCCUUCCUCCAUCGAAGCAAAACCACUGAGAUCAUCCACUCGACCCUGAAUCCCACAUGGGACCAGACAAUUAUAUUUGAUGAAAUCGAAAUCUAUGGGGAACCCCAGACAGUUCUACAGAACCCACCCAAAGUUAUCAUCGAACUUUUUGACAAUGACCAAGUGGGCAAAGAUGAAUUUUUAGGACAAAGCAUGUGCUCUCCUCUGCUAAAACUAAACUCAGAAAUGGAUGUCACACCCAAACUUCUCUGGCACCCUGUAAUGAAUGGGGACAAAGCCUGUGGGGAUGUCCUUGUAACUGCAGAGCUGAAUCUAAGGCACAAGGAUGGUUCCAAUCUUCCCAUCCUUCCCUCACAAAGGGCACCAAAUCUAUACAUGGUCCCACAAGGGAUCAGGCCUGUGGUCCAACUCACUGCUAUUGAGAUCCUAGCUUGGGGCUUAAGAAAUAUGAAAAACUACCAGAUGGCUUCUAUCACCUCUCCCAGCCUCAUUGUGGAGUGUGGAGGGGAAAGGGUAGAAUCAGUGGUGAUCAAAAACCUGAAGAAGACACCCAACUUCCCAAGUUCUGUUCUCUUCAUGAAAGUGUUCUUGCCCAAGGAGGAACUGUACAUGCCUCCGCUGGUGAUCGAGGUCAUCGACCACAGGCAGUUCGGGCGGAAGCCCGUUGUUGGGCAGUGCACCAUCGAUCGUCUGGACCGCUUUCGUUGUGACCCUUAUGCGGGAAAGGAGGGUCUUGUGCCCCAGCUAAAAGAUCCAUAUGCACAUGUCUCCUUCCUCCAUCGAAGCAAAACCACUGAGAUCAUCCACUCGACCCUGAAUCCCACAUGGGACCAGACAAUUAUAUUUGAUGAAAUCGAAAUCUAUGGGGAACCCCAGACAGUUCUACAGAACCCACCCAAAGUUAUCAUCGAACUUUUUGACAAUGACCAAGUGGGCAAAGAUGAAUUUUUAGGACAAAGCAUGUGCUCUCCUCUGCUAAAACUAAACUCAGAAAUGGAUGUCACACCCAAACUUCUCUGGCACCCUGUAAUGAAUGGGGACAGAGCCUGUGGGGAUGUCCUUGUAACUGCAGAGCUGAAUCUAAGGCACAAGGAUGGUUCCAAUCUUCCCAUCCUUCCCUCACAAAGGGCACCAAAUCUAUACAUGGUCCCACAAGGGAUCAGGCCUGUGGUCCAACUCACUGCUAUUGAGAUCCUAGCUUGGGGCUUAAGAAAUAUGAAAAACCACCAGAUGGCUUCUAUCACCUCCCCCAGCCUCAUUGUGGAGUGUGGAGGGGAAAGGGUAGAAUCAGUGGUGAUCAAAAACCUGAAGAAGACACCCAACUUCCCAAGUUCUGUUCUCUUCAUGAAAGUGUUCUUGCCCAAGGAGGAACUGUACAUGCCUCCGCUGGUGAUCAAGGUCAUCGACCACAGGCAGUUCGGGCGGAAGCCCGUUGUUGGGCAGUGCACCAUCGAUCGUCUGGACCGCUUUCGUUGUGACCCUUAUGCGGGAAAGGAGGGUCUUGUGCCCCAGCUAAAAGAUCCAUAUGCACAUGUCUCCUUCCUCCAUCGAAGCAAAACCACUGAGAUCAUCCACUCGACCCUGAAUCCCACAUGGGACCAGACAAUUAUAUUUGAUGAAAUCGAAAUCUAUGGGGAACCCCAGACAGUUCUACAGAACCCACCCAAAGUUAUCAUCGAACUUUUUGACAAUGACCAAGUGGGCAAAGAUGAAUUUUUAGGACAAAGCAUGUGCUCUCCUCUGCUAAAACUAAACUCAGAAAUGGAUGUCACACCCAAACUUCUCUGGCACCCUGUAAUGAAUGGAGACAGAGCCUGUGGGGAUGUCCUUGUAACUGCAGAGCUGAUUCUAAGGCACAAGGAUGGUUCCAAUCUUCCCAUCCUUCCCUCACAAAGGGCACCAAAUCUAUACAUGGUCCCACAAGGGAUCAGGCCUGUGGUCCAACUCACUGCUAUUGAGAUCCUAGCUUGGGGCUUAAGAAAUAUGAAAAACCACCAGAUGGCUUCUAUCACCUCCCCCAGCCUCAUUGUGGAGUGUGGAGGGGAAAGGGUAGAAUCAGUGGUGAUCAAAAACCUGAAGAAGACACCCAACUUCCCAAGUUCUGUUCUCUUCAUGAAAGUGUUCUUGCCCAAGGAGGAACUGUACAUGCCUCCGCUGGUGAUCAAGGUCAUCGACCACAGGCAGUUCGGGCGGAAGCCCGUUGUUGGGCAGUGCACCAUCGAUCGUCUGGACCGCUUUCGUUGUGACCCUUAUGCGGGAAAGGAGGGUCUUGUGCCCCAGCUAAAAG